AAUUCCCAUUUCAAAUAAUAUGGCACACACAAUCUAAGAGGUAUACACAAGGAAAGUGUGGGGGCCCAGUUUCAGUAGAAGAAGCCCAGUAUCUUCCCCCCCGUGUGUUUUCUUCUCGCCUCUUCGUGAUCCAUGAUUCCAGAGGAUGUGGUGAGCACUAUAUACCUGCACCAGAGAGGUGGGAGGGAGAGGGGGAUAAAUAUGUGGGAAGCUAAGGUGAAGACUCACCCAAACUGUCUGGAAGGCAAGAGGUUCCUGGCCCAUUUCUCAAUUUCACUAAUUGGUACGUCGAAGCGUGGACUGAUGACUCCGCACUUGUUGAGUCGGCCGUUUAGGAAGACGACAAUCUUGCCUCCUCGGUGGUCGUCCACGAUCUCAAACUCACCAAUGUAGCCUAUGGUUGAGCAAGAAUACUCCAAUUGAUACACACCAUAAUACUGCCGAGUCAGGGCGACUUCAGAGACUUGGCAACUCACCGUGUUUCAUCAUGACAGUGAGAAACUUGACCAGAACCUUUGAGCAGGGCCUCAGGAGAACCUGUCGCUUCCCCCUCUUCUCCGCGUUGCAGAUUGCCCGCAGGGCGUCGUUCAGCACACUCAUACGCACCAUGACUGGAAGAAAUACAACAGGUAGUUACAUACAGGGGCUUUCUUGGGCGGUUCUGAGGCCCCUUAAGUAAGAUGAGGAUGGAUUGGGCGCUGCUCACCUUGUGUCUUUACCAAUCCGCCAUGUGCAGUUAGGAAAAGGGGUGUUACCACGCAUGCGCAAAGGAUAAGGUCGUGAGACGACUUCCGCUGAGUCAGCAGCAGCACUGCGAAGGCGACAAAAACAAGGGUCGAAGAUGUCUUACUGCGGGUGGUUUUCGGGGGAGAAAUACAAGGAUCACUUUGAGUCUGGCAUCUACGUGUGCUCCAAGUGCGGGAACGAGCUGUUCUACAGCACCAAGAAAUUCGAGCACUCGUCUCCGUGGCCGGCCUUCACCGAGACCGUGAAACCGGACAGCCUCUCCAAGUACGAGGAGAGUCCCUCGGCUCUCAAGGUCUCGUGCGCCAAGUGUAGCAAUGGGCUGGGGCACGAGUUUCUGAACGACGGGCCGAAACAGGGCCAGUCCCGUUUCUGAAUAUUCUCCUCCUCCCUCUCCUUCAAGGAGAAGACGGAGGAGGCCUCAUAAACUGGGGAACGAGAGGGGUACGCUGGAGGUGGUAACUGUAUUAUAAGAAGAGCUGUCUAUUUUUUUAUUCCUUUUUGCUUUCUGUUGUGUGUGUGUGUCGUUCCAUGUCUCAUGAUACCAGUCAGUGAAACUCCGCCAUAGGAGUACUGUCAGGUGGAAUUUUUUCAUGGAGAGACGGUUCACUUUCACUUGUCCACAAUCUACAGUACUUCAUGUGUGAAUAAUAUUUUUUUAUACAAACUGCCAAUCUUCUUGAUUCGUAAUAUCAGAAUUGUAUGGUGACAAAGUGUAUAUAAGAUUGUUGGUCACAGUUUGGGUUUGAAUGUGUUCUUCUCUUCUCUGAGGCAACCCAUCACAUCCACAGGGGUCAGAUUUCCCACAGUGUGACAUCACAUCAGCCUCCCUGAGGAUGUGUAUUAUCACCACUGCACACUGGUAUGAUAGGCGGUGGGGGACAGACACUAACUUGACUCUCAUGAAAGGGUUGAAUGUCAGUUCUUGCUCAAUGCUGGAAGGGACUGUUGGAAUGUUUGUCAGUCGCUGACCCU